UGAUAAAUAGGUGUACUCGUGAACCUGAUUAAUAAUCGUACGUCAAAGUACGAUACUUUCGCAUUCUUUGGUGAUGUUUGGCAUGUGACAUUAGGUUAAAAUUCAUUGAAAACAUUUAUUCAUUUCGAAAAACAAAAAAGUAAUUAAAUAAUGGCUUAUGGAGCACCAAUGGUAGAUAGGAAUUUCCUUUGGGAUAUAUUCCAAAGGGUUGAUACAGAUCGUAGUGGAUAUAUUUCACAAGACGAAUUACAAGUAGCUUUAUCAAAUGGAACAUGGACCCCUUUCAAUCCAGAAACAGUUCGAUUAAUGAUAGGUAUGUUUGAUAGACAAAAUCGAGGUCAAGUUAGUUUUGAAGAUUUUGCUGCAUUAUGGAAAUAUGUUACGGAUUGGCAAAAUUGUUUCCGAUCAUUUGAUUCUGAUAAUUCAGGAAAUAUAGAUAGAAAUGAAAUGAAGACGGCCUUAACAUCAUUUGGUUAUCGUCUAUCAGAAAAUAUUAUCGAUUUGUUAGUUCGCAAAUUUGAUCGUCAUGGACGUGGAACUAUUUUAUUUGAUGAUUUCAUACAAUGUUGUAUUGUUUUAUAUACUUUAACUUCAGCUUUCCGUCAAUACGAUACUGAUCAAGAUGGUGUCAUUACAAUACAUUAUGAACAAUUUUUAAGCAUGGUAUUCAGUUUAAAAAUUUAAAUGUAUCGCUCUUGUCCAUUUGAUUAGGGUUACUAUCAAAUUAAUUUUGAAAUCAAUAAAAUGGUUAUUAUUUAAAUCGGGUUCUGCAUAGACCCUUAGUUUUUAGGGGUUUACAUAGAUCACUGUUCCAUUUAACUAUAUCGUCCUAAAAACGUAUAUUGACCGUUAUGGGUAUUUUACUUACUUAUCUAGCAAUUAUUUGGAAAUCUAACAUUUCACACUGAAUUAUAAAAUUCGACGAAAUUCCAUUAAUGUGGAUGUAAUGAUAGACCCAUGACAAAUGCGAGGAUUUAUGAUUCGUCAAUUUAAAAAAUAUUUAUAUUCCUCUUUAUAAUAAUUUUAUCUUAAUAUUUGUUUACGAAUUUGGCUUUACUUAAUAAAAUAGUUCAACUUUCUACGGACCUAUAAGAGCAAUCUUAUUUAUACUCAAAGGUGAAAGAUUUGUGAUAAGAAGUUAGACAAAGUAUAAAUAUAGACAAAAGAUAAUUUCCAAUCAAAAUUUUCGUCUAGAAUCUUAUAAUAAAUAGUGAUUUGAUGAAUGGGAGAAAAAACUCUAUAAAAUGUCAACGCAAUGUUUUAAAUUUCACCCUUAAAAAGUUACGGUAUUAAUAAAUCGAUAUAUUUUUUUCAUGGCGAUUGAAAUGGAAUACGUUAAAGUAAUUUAACUGGAUCGACAGUCAAUAUUUAAUUAAACUUUUCCUUGAUAGUAAUCACUAAUCCGCCAAAAUUAUAUUAAUUAUAAUUGAAAUAAUCGUACAAUAAUUUUUAUU